AACAGUUAUAUGAUACGUUGUUGCUUUGAAUUUCUCAGUCUAACUACUUAUUUUGUUUCUGUGGACGAGCUCUGCAUGGAUUUACAGCACAAGAAGAAACUUGCAUUUCUGAAGGAAAAACAUGCCUUGAGUUUUAUCACUUGCUACAGGAGUGUGGACAUUUUGACCUGAUCACCUGGGCUCUUUUCUAGGAAAACAGAGGCAUGUGUAAGCCACAUGGAGUUGGAGAAUCAUGGUCACGCUGAUGGACCAUCAGGGGCUGCAGUCGGCCGCUGGAGAGCUGAGUAUGCCGUUCUCAGACACGGUCAAGUACUGCAUCCUGGGCAUCUCGGUCACCCUCCUCCUGUUGGCGCUGGGCAUCUUGGUGUGGCAGGCUUUCAGAUGCUGCACAAAGACAAACACAUACACCUUGCAAGAUACCUUGAACAAUGAUCUUCUGUGAAAAGUCAGACCAGCAGGAAAUCACUUAGGAGCUCCAAGUACUAGGGUGGAGGACGUCAGCACAGAGGUCCGCAGGCUGAGUCACUGUCUGUGUCAGGCCUCAGCGCCCUCCUCAGGAUCCAGCCAGACGGACGGGGACAUAGGGGAGCCAGCCAGCAUCAAAAAGGUGGAUGGAUCUCUACGUUUCUCUGUUUAUUAUGACCAGCUGCAGUCCCAGCUGGUGGUCACCAUCCUGCAGGUGGAGGGACUUCUGGAGGACAGCCAGACACGCAGCUUCCAGCCAUUUGUGAAGCUCAGACUCAUGUGGGCAGGUUCAGACGGAGCUGAAGUGGAGGACAACACAGAUGAUGAGAGCGAAGGGACGGCGCCUGUCCUGUGGACGGUGCUGCAGGAGUGGCGGACUCGCGUUGUGAAAGGCAGCUUUAACCCUUUGUAUGGAGACCAGUUCAGCUGUAUUCUGCAAGAUGAUAAAGAGCUUCAUCACAUCAAUCUGCGGAUGGAGGUGAGGGACUUUGAUAAAUUCUCGCGGCACACAGUGUUAGGAGAGGUGAGGGUUCCUCUAGGGCAGCUCAACAUCUCCUACCCUCUGGAGCUACAAGAAGAUCUGAGGAUGCCCCAGAAGGAUCUCGUGGGAGAGGUGCUUCUGUCUUUAAAGUUUCUUCCCACCUCUCAGAGGCUUGAGGUUGGAUUGCUAAAGGUCAGAACGGUCGGCCCAGAAAUACGUUCAGAUGCAGCCUUGUACGCCAGAAUCAGUGUGCAGUGCAACCAGUGCAAGCUGAGGUACCAAAAAACCUCUCAGUGGGCCCGCUGUCUGGUGACCAUCUUCAAUGAGGUCCUCAUGUUCUCCCUGCCAGAGUUUCCUCUGGAGCGGUGUAAAAUACUGGUUUAUGUGUAUGAGACUCACACGACAAGAAAAUCAGCCAAACAACUGAUCGGACAGUUGACUGUGGGGAAGGAGAUGAGUUCAGAAGACGAGCACUGGAGCUUAAUGAUGCGCUCAGUCCGCCAGCCAAUAGCAAAGUGGCAUGGCCUGCUGAUCUGACAUGAAUCCCAUAAAUACUCUCCUGCACUUCCUAGAUGUUGGUACCUGGUUUUACGUCCCUGAAAGCGGCGGAGCAUGAUUAUCCGGCUGUAGCCGAAUCUGCAGCUGCUGAGCUGCAGGCCUAACAUGGACUCCUGUGCUUGAUGACACUAGUGGUAGUUACUCAGUCUACUUGUGUCUCUUAUCCAACUUUUUAGCUCCAAAUCUCAUCAUAUUGAAAGAGUUCUUAUGAUCUGAUACUUGCCUUUUUUCUGAUGAUUGGUUUAGUUUUGCACUCAUUUGUUGCUGUUGUUUGUGUUACUGUUAUAGUUAUCUUUAAGAUGUGCUGCUCUUUAGUGCAUGUUGUAAAACUCAGAUAAUUCUGCAUUAUUAAAUCUUUGUAUUGCAAGUCUGAAUGUUCCAAAAAACAAACAAACAAACAAACAAACAAAAAAAAACAAAAACAAAAAUAAACUGUAAAUAAAUAAUAACUUAUGGCUUUUGUUUAAGAGAAACCAAAACAUAUGAAAUAAUAAAUAAAUAUUCCCAAGGAUAGGCAAAACAAAACAUACUAUUCAUGUAAUAAGUGGUCAACUUGUAAUAAUAAUAAUAAUUAUUAUAGAUUUUAUUUAUAAUGCACUUUACAUUUAGCAAAAUCUCAAAGUGCCACAGACACGGUAUAGGGACAGUAGAAUAAAAACAUUAAAAAACAAGGCAAAAACUAAGAGCAGAUAUAAAACAAAUUUAAAAUUUAAAAAAAAAAAA